GCCGAGUAGCCACCAUGGAAGUCGGGCCUCAAAAGAGAGCUUGCCGAGCCCACCCCCACCCCCACGGCAGCCCCAUGGCCAGCGGCGACCCCUUCGCCGCCGCCGGUGACGUCGCCGCCGCCUCAUGCUCCUCCAGUCCAACCCCAACGCGCUUACGGGAAGCACUCGCCGCCCUCUCGGAGGCGUUCGAGUCCGGCGAUACUGCCUGCUCCGACGCAGCCGUUGCCGCCGUUUCAGGAGUUCUCAGCCCUCACGAUGCCGGUGCGGAUGCCCUUGUCUCCGAGCAGAUGCUCCGUGAGGUUCACGCGUUCCUCUCGUGCCCGUCCUCUAAUCAGAUGGCCAUUGACGCGCUGUCUCUAGAGCUUCCAAAAUCUGUCGCGGAGCUGGGUGCUCGGAUGGGGAACUGCAGGGACAUCGCCAAGACAAUCCUUGACUUCUUUGCGUUAAAUUGCAACCCAAGGGACAUGCUCUCCAUCCUCUGUGAGGCGCUAGAUACACCCGUGACAUUAGAUGGAUCAGCGUACCUUGCUAUUCUACUCGAUGGGCUUGCAAGAGUGCUUACCUUGAUUCAGAGGAGACAUAUUGAGCAAGUAAGGGUUGUACUUCCUGCUGUCCUUCGAGUCAUACAUACUGCUAUAUCAGAACCUGAUGUGGAGCAUGGCAUGACUGCUGUUGAUAUGUUCAAUUCAGCCCUCGGAAUCGGCAGUGCCAUUCAAGAAAUGUGCAAAACAAUGGUCAACCACAGGAAAGAAGAGCUGUGUUCUAUACUUGGUCUAUACGCGCUUCAGAUCAUAGCUCUUGUAUCAGAAAGCACACAUGAGAAUAUCCUGCAUACUUGUGGUUCAGUUGUUCUUCAGUAUUCCAAAUUUCUUACGUUUUGUGGGUUCACCUAUUUGGGUCUUUUAACUGGUAAUGAUGUGGCCUCAGCCACCAAUAAGCUUUCGAAAGAAGAGGAUGAAGAUUUUCUGGACUGCUUUUCUUUUGCUAUGGAUGGUGCAAGCCUUGUAGUUAUGUGGACCUCUGUACAUGAUGACAUGUCAAAAUAUGCUGGAGCGGAAUUGGAAUCAGCACUGAAGCGAGUUCAGGAUGAUUAUAUUAUGAAAUGGAAAUCGAUUACCACGUUUAGAUAUGUCUUGUCUUCAGUUAAUUACCCAUGGGUAAUCAAAUCUCACAGUUUAGACUUAUUGUUGACUCUAGUUGAUGAUAACUGUAGCGAGGAAACAAACAGUCAUGUAGAUUUCCCAUAUUCAACUCAAUUUUUUGCCACACUCAAGGCCAUUGAAAGAGUCAUGAUAACUGCCCCAGAUGCAUUGAUGCGAAAGAAAGCCUUUGCUGCUCUGAAAAGGGUUAUUUCAGUGGUGCCGUCCGCUCAGAGAUUUGAUAUCUUGCAGGCCCUCAUUACGAGUAGUAUGUUCCCUUCCCUGACUGCAAUUCUCUUAGAUCUGGUGAAGAACGAAGUUUUGAGAGAGAGUCGUCAAACUGAUCGAUCACAAGAUGCUGGGGUAUCACCUCCUUGGGCUUCUCAUGCGCUUGAGUUAGUUGAGCUGAUCUUGAGGCCUCCAGAAGGUGGUUCUCCUUGUCUUCGUGAUCACAGUGAACAGGUGUGCAAUUUCGCAAAGUAUCUAUCUGCUUUCUACAAUGUUUUCGAGAAUACACCCUGGAAGGUGUAUAGAAGGAGCCAGACAGCCCAAACAACGGCGAAAAACGGCUAGUUCAUGCUGCCAACAAAGGGUGGCAGCUCCCACCAACUCAAGCCUACUCUCUUAACUGCCAUCACAUCGGCACCGGCUCAGGAAAUCCAAAGUUGUCAGAGCGGAAAAGCCUAGCUAAGUGCCACCUGCCAUACUCCUCAUUGAUUCUUAUCCUAAUAGAUCCAGCAGCCAGGCUGGCUCCAUUGAACACCACGUCAUACCGGUGCCUCAGUAUCUACUAUCUAUGAUGUUAUUUUGAUGUCUAUUAUGGUUUGAUGUCAUUAUCUUUAAAUACACACUUUUAUGAGUGCUUUUGGACUACUUUCUUCCUAUACUGACUUGUCCUGCUCUCACUUUACUAGCACUCUGUGGUUUAUGCCUAUAAAAUAAUCUGCUCACUUAGUCCCCGUUCUCUGUCUGU